GCCCAAUCUCGCGCACACAGCCGUUGUCUUCCGUCGCUUUUCGUGUCUCUAUUCCGUUCAUGCUUUAGGCACUGGUGUUCUUUUUAUUUAAAUACUCGCAGUUGUUGUUGCCCCACACACACUCUCCACUCUUAGAUAUUACAUUACCAAUUCUUGGAAUCCCGUGCUCGCCAUACCUGUCGAGUUUAUUUUUUAUUAUUUUUUUUACCUCGGUAUAAAAACCUAUCCAUCAUGACAUCCUUACAAUACUCAAAAACCAUUUUCCGUCAAUUGACGACCUCUCGUCAUUCUAUUCUUAUCAAGCCCUUCUCCACCUCUUCUCGCAUUAUGACCCGCUCUGACAAGAUCCUUCACUUGAACAACACGAAUCCUCAGAUCCGUAAGGCUGAGUAUGCCGUGCGCGGUGAGCUUGCUAUCCGAUCAGAAGUUCUCAAGAAUGAACUCGCCAAUGGUGCAAAGCUCCCUUUCAACCGUGUUGUUGGUUGUAACAUUGGCAACCCCCAGGCUUUGGACCAGAAGCCCAUCACCUUCUUCCGUCAGGUUGCAUCCCUUGUGGAAUAUCCUGAGAUGCUUAAGGAUGAGAAUGCAGAGGCUGCAGCUCGCUUUUUCCCCAAAGAUGCCAUUGAGCGUGCCAAAUUACUCUUGAAGCACAUUGGUUCAGUCGGAGCUUAUUCUCAUUCCCAGGGCAUCCCCUAUAUUCGUGAGAAUGUUGCAAAGUUCAUCUCAGAGCGCGAUGGAUACCCCGCGGAUGCUUCUAAGAUUUUCUUGACUCAAGGUGCUUCUGCUGGUGUUCAGCUUACAUUGGAGAUGAUUAUCGAGCAUAACAAUGUCGGCGUAAUGAUCCCUAUUCCUCAGUACCCUCUCUACACCGCCACUUUGGCCGUUUUGGAUGCCAAUCCAGUCCCAUAUUAUCUGGAUGAGUCCAAAGGCUGGGGUCUUACUACUGAAGAGCUCCAGCGCGCUCUCGAUGAAUCCAUCAAGAAGGGGAUUGAAACUCGUGCCCUGGUCAUCAUUAACCCUGGCAACCCUACAGGACAGUGCUUGACUGAACAAAACAUGCGCGAGAUUAUUGAGUUCUGUCGUAAGAACAAAAUUAUUCUUCUAGCUGAUGAAGUCUAUCAAACCAAUAUUUACCAAAAAGAUCGCCCCUUCCAUUCGUUUAAGAAAAUACUCAAGUCAAUGGGCCCAGACUACGAAGGCUUUGAGUUGAUUUCAUAUCACUCUAUCUCCAAAGGCAUGAUUGGCGAGUGUGGUCGCCGCGGUGGUUACUUUGAGUGCGAGGGCAUGGAUGCCUUUGUUUUGGAACAGAUCUACAAGAUUUCAUCUAUCAGUUUGUGUCCCAACGUGCAAGGUCAGAUCAUGGUUGAUCUGAUGGUCAACCCACCUAAGAAGGGUGAUCCUUCGUACGAGCAAUACAAGAAGGAGUAUGAUGACAUCUAUUUCUCAUUGAAGAAGCGCGCUCAGAUUUUAGAAAACACAUUCAACAGUUUGGAGGGAUGCACAUGCAAUCCUGCUGAUGGCGCCAUGUAUCUGUUCCCUCAGAUUCGUCUGCCUAAGAAGGCGAUCGAGGCUGCCAAGGCUGCAGGCAAGGAGCCUGAUCAGUUCUACUGCUUAGCUAUGUUGGAGUCCACAGGUGUAUGCAUGGUAGCCGGAUCGGGAUUUGGACAAGUUGAAGGCACUGGUCACUUCCGUAGCACAUUCUUGCCUCCUCCAGAGUUAUUUGAUGAAUUUUGCGGCAGCAUCAAGAACUUCCAUGCUAGCUUUAUGAACAAGUACAGGGAUUAAAAGAAGCUUUACUUUGUAGAAAGAAAGUGUGAUCAUCAUCCAUCACUUAUUAUCAUUUUACCAUUUUAUCAUUCAUUCAUUUUCCCAAUAAACUUGACGCGUCAAACCCAAUUUUAG